AGUGAAGUUGGUUACCCAAAGCCUGAUUGUGGGAAUACCUCAUUAUGUUUAUGCAAACCUGCGUGCAUAUGUAAAAGCGGAGAUGUAAGGGACGCAAGCGGAAUGUGUAUACCUUCCGAUAAGUGUCCUUCUUGCGGCGGUGACGAAAAUGCAGUAAUUGGCUGCGGCAGCAAUUGCGGAAAAAAGUGUACCGAUUUAGUCGAUCCUAGACCUGUCUGUGCUCUAGGUUGUAUAUUGAAUGGCUGCGAUUGUCGAAACGGCUUUUAUUACGACAGUAACACAAAAAAAUGUGUCAGUCCAGACCAAUGCACCGAUGGCUGCCCAGACGGGGAAGAGUACUCAGCCUGCCCGGAAGCAUCCUGCUAUCCACUGACAUGUAGUGAAGUUGGUUACCCAAAGCCUGAUUGUGGGAAUACCUCAUUAUGUUUAUGCAAACCUGCGUGCAUAUGUAAAAGCGGAGAUGUAAGGGACGCAAGCGGAAUGUGUAUACCUUCCGAUAAGUGUCCUUCUUGUGGCGGUGACGAAAAUGCAGUAAUUGGCUGCGGCAGCAAUUGCGGAAAAAAGUGUACCGAUUUAGUCGAUCCAAGACCUGUCUGUCCUCUAGGUUGUAUAUUGAAUGGCUGCGAUUGUCGAGACGGCUUUUAUUACGACAGUAACACAAAAAAAUGUGUCAGUCCAGACCAAUGCACCGAUAACUGCCCGGAUGGGGAAGAAUAUUCUGCCUGCCCGGAAGCGUCCUGCAAUCCUGUGACAUGUAGCGAAGUCGGUUUCCCAAAGGCCAAUUGUGGGGAUACCUCUUUAAGUUCCUGCAAGCCUGCGUGCAUAUGCAAAGACGGAAAUAUCAGGGACGAAAGCGGAAAGUGUAUACCUUCCAAUGAGUGUCCAUCCUGUGGCGGUGAUGAGAAUGCAGUACCUGGUUGUGGCAUCAAUUGCGGAAAACAGUGUUCCGAUUUAAUCGAACCGAAGAAUUUCUGUAUUCUUGUUUGCUUAGUGAACGCGUGCGAUUGUAAAGAAGGUUUUUAUUAUGACAACACAACAAAAAAAUGUGUCAAGCCAGAAGACUGUACCUAUGACAACUGUCCAGUGGACGAAGAAUUCUCUGGCUGUCCCGAAGCAUCCUGUAACCCUCUAACAUGUGACGAAGUUGGUUUCCCAAAGCCUGAUUGUGUGGAUAGCUCCAUAAAGACAUGCAAACCGGCGUGCAUAUGCAAAAACGGAUAUGUCAGGGACCAAAGUGGAAAGUGUAUACCGUCCAAUCAGUGUCCAUCUUGUGGCGGUGAUGAAAAUGCAGAGCCUGGUUGUGGCAUCAAUUGUAGGAAACAGUGUUCCGAUUUGGUUGAUCCAAAAAAUAUCUGUAUUCUUCGGUGCAAAUUGAAUGCGUGUGAUUGUAAAAAGGGCUUCUAUUUCGACAGUAAUACCAAUAGAUGCGUCAGUCCUGAUCAAUGCACUUCCACAUGCUCUGGUCCCAAUGAAGUAUACGACCAAUGCCCGGAUUGCUCGCCGCAGACAUGCGCAACUAGAAAUAAAAUAUACGACUGCCCAUUGAAUACUGAAUCUGGGCCCAACUGUAAACCAGCCUGUAGAUGCAUAACUGGCUAUUUCAGGAACUCUAAGGGAAUAUGUGUGCCCCGCAAUGAAUGUGAAACCCCAAGGUGUCCCUUUGGAGAGUAUUACUCUGACUGUCCACCAAUUCCAUGCGAUGCAGAAUUUUGUCCAAGAAACAGGAAUUCACCGCAAACCUGUGCAGUACCUAAGAUCUGUGGGAAAGCCAGGUGUUUAUGUGGAUUUAAUCAAAAACGCGAUCGCAGCACUGGCCGAUGCAUUCCUAUUAGAAACUGCCCUCCUUUUGCCUGUUAUGGACGUAAUGAAAUUUACGAUAGCUGCCCACCCGUUUGCCCUGGACAAACCUGCACAGAUUACUUGAGAAACGCAACAUGUCCAAGAUACCGUAUAGGUAUCGUGGUACCUUGCAAACCAGCAUGUAGAUGCAGGAAAGGUUACUAUCGGAAUCACAGAGGUUGCUGUGUCCGUGCCAGGAGAUGUGAACAAACCUCAAUAAAUACAUCGCAACAACUACCAAACCAGUCAAACCAGAACUCAUGCAAUAAUUUAGCCAAUCAGCAGCUAGCUUUUGAAUAUGGAGCCAACACGUUCACUAUGAAAUUCUUGUAUCAACUUGUGAAAGCAAAUCCUGAAAUAAGCGUUAUCUCAUCUGCCGCUUCGGUGUUGAUUCCUUUGGCAGAAUUGGCAUUAUACUCUCAAGGAUCUACGUAUACAGAAAUAAUGAAUGUUUUGAAUUUAACUACUAAGGAGGAGAUACGUUGUGUCUUUAAAACUUUUUUGGAUGCUUUCAAAGCGAAUGAAGGAACGGAAUUGGAUUUUGCUAAUAAAAUCUACGUAGCUGAAAAAUAUAAUCUUAGCGAAUCUUUUCAACAAGAUAUUUCGACUGUUUUUAAUGGUGAAGCAGAGAGCAUAAAUUUUGACAAACCUUACCAAGCAGCUGCUACUGUAAAUCAAUGGGUUUCCGAUAAAACAAAAGAAAAAAUUACUAACUUGGUGGCACCUGAUAUGUUCGACUCUAUGACACGCCUAUUGCUGGCUAAUGCUGUUUUCUUCAAGGGUAUAUGGAAAACUAAAUUUGAUAGCAAUAAAACGCAACCAAUGGCUUUUUAUGUGAAUGCGAACAAAACCAUUCAAGUCGAAAUGAUGCAAUUAAAAACUAAAAUGAACUACAUUAAUAACGACAAUCUUGAUGCACAGUUUAUCGAAUUACCUUAUUUAGAUGGUAACAUCACACUUCUGGUUGCCGUACCGAAUCAAAAAUUUGGUCUAAUGGAUUUAAUUAAAAACCUGCAAAACCCAACAGUUCUUGAUGCUCUUCUGAAUAGUUUGAUUUUGGAAACUGUUACGUUGUAUUUGCCCAAAAUAGAUGUUUCGACUAGUAUCAAUUUGAAAAAUAUUCUAAGCUCAAUUGGAGUUGGAACAGUUUUCACGUCUAGUGCUGAAUUAAGCGGAAUGACUGUACCAAAUGCUGAUUUAUAUGUAUCACAAGCUGUGCAGAAAGCAACUAUUACAAUUAAUGAGGAGGGUUCAAUAGCAGCAGCGGCUAAUGGUCUUGUUGGUACUGCUCUUGCAGCAACUGUAGGACCCCGAGAAUAUAUUGUAAGAGCAGACCACCCUUAUGCGUACUUCAUUAAAGUUCGCAAUAUUUUGUUAUUUAGUGGAGCAUAUUGUGGAUAAGGUAACAAUGAACACAGCUCUAAACUAUAAUAAUGGAUCAAUUUAAUCCAAUAGGGGACAUAAUUUACAUAUUUAUAGGAUAUAUAUUAAGUAAGUAAGUUGUAUAUGAAUGUAAUAGCUUUCUUCUGCAAUACUUAAAUAUUUUGGACGUUAAGGAAGAGCCAUACAACUACACGACAUUAUAUUGUGAUAAUAGAUGAAAUAAACUAAUCUUGCCCUUUUAUUAUCACCACCAGUUAUUUGUCUUAUUAUCUUAACUACAUACGCACCGUGCUAAGUUUCGUGAUAAAAAAGAAUUAUUAAGAAGACCCCAUUGUUAAUUAUUAUAUAUAUGUAUAACUAGCGGCCUUCGUCCGCGUUAACUUGAUUCUAUGUCUCAAUCCAGGCCAUAAACAUAUGCGUACCAAAUUUUACCCAAAUCCGUUCAUUGGUUUAAGCGUGAUUGAGUAACAAACACAAAUUUUCACAUUAAAAUAUUAUUAGGAUUGUUUUUAUAUUAAAAACAAUGAACGACUUAAAGUGCAGCCUUGGGGCAUACCCUAAAGAGGCACCAAUAGAAUUGAUUCCAUUGAUGAUUACUUUUUGUGUUUUAUUGGAGAAUAAAAUAGCAACAAACCAAGUUCAAUAUUUGAUAUAUCGACAGUGGAAAGGCAAAAUCGCUUGUACGGCAAUUUGGUUGAAAAUUAAACUUCUUGCUUGAAACAAACGUCACAUCAUACUAUCGAAUGAUGUAAUGUUUGCUUGAAGAGAAGUAUAUGUAAAGAAGUGUAUGAGUAGUUUUUAAGCGCCGUCUGAUUCGUAAAUGCGCUAUGUAACUUUUUAUUAUAAGGAUACUAGCUGUCCCAGCGAACUUCGUACCGCCAUAAAGGAAUAGGGGUUGAUGGUAGAAGGGUGAAAAUUUAGGGUUAUAUGAAUUUUUGUAUGAUGUAUCAUAAAAAAAAACAAAAAUUUUGUCCAAAAAUAGGGUUAACAUUUAGGGGAUGAAAAAUAGAUAUGGUCCGACUCUCAGACCUACUGAAUAUGCAUGUAAAAUUUCACGACCGUUUCGGAGUAGUUCAAUUACGCACACCAUGACACAAAAUAUAUAUUAGAAUUAGAAAAUGUUUUUGUGAAUAUGUUUUAAUUUAUCAUGCUACUUCGCUUUUACAGCAAGUUAUGAUUUAUUUUUGUGAAAAACAAAACUUUGUCCCUGGUUUCUGUAAAGUUACUAAAGUGGAGUUUCGAUGUUCCGCUGUCGAUAUCAUAAUGCUCUAAUUUAAUGAGUAAUGUUUCAUUAUUUAAACAAUCUGAAGCUUUUGUGUUAAAAAAAAUGAAAUACGAAGGCAUCAAAAACACCUACAUUAUAAACAGCUAAAAAAGUUAUUUUUCAAAAUAGAUAUGUAUAUUAUAAAAAUAAACUGUUAUUUGCA